AUGUCAGGUCAGGACAGAGGCAAAGGAGUCGCAACCUCUUUCUUUGGGGAUGGCUACGUGGAGAUGGCCCUGGCGGAUGCCUCGCGCACGGUGCGCCUCCACCUGCAGCUGUACACCAGCCAGCAGAACGGGCUCCUCUUCCUGGCUGCAGGACAGCCCGACCAUCUCCUGGUGGAGCUGCGAGCCGGUGCCCUGCAGGCCAGGCUGCACCUGGGCUCGGAGGAGGUGACGCUACAGUCCCCAGCAGAGCUGCGGCUCAACAACUUGGCAAACCACGACGUGGACCUGUUGGUGGAAGAUGGCAGGAUGACGCUGACCAUCGACAGCCUUUUUAACAGCUCUGUGGACAUCACAGGACCCGUACGGGAGCUGGACAUUCAGUAUGGCCUCUACGCAGGUGGGACAGGGAGCCUCGACCUGCCAUAUCUUUCUGGGUCCAGCUCUCCCUUCAGAGGUUGCCUCCACUUGGUGACGUUCAAUGGUCUGGACGUCCUCUCCCCUCCGGCUUCUGACGGCAGCACCAAGACAUUCCACCGGGUUCAGGAGGGAUGCAGCACGCAGUUCUCUGCCGAGCCCGAUGACCCCUUUGGGUUCCUAGGACCGCACUCUUACGUCGCGUUUCCCACGUGGAACGCGAAGGAAGAAGGGACCAUUGAGUUUGUGAUAACCACAAGCAUCACCCAGGCACCCCUCAUCUACCACGCGGGGAUGGAGAACGACUUCUUCUACCUGGAAAUCUCCAACGGGCGCCUGAGAGGGUUUGUUGAGAAGGGGAACGGCAUCAUCAUCCUGCACAACAACAUCUUCAUCAGCGACGAGCAGCAGCACUACGUUAAAGUCCACACAGACGUCCACAAGCUUGAGAUCCUGAUUGACUACUAUGCUUCAGCCACGUCCAACCGGGGCAUCAACAACCAUCUGGACCUUCAGGGGAACCUCUUCAUUGGAGGUAUGAAUGAAAAGGCUUUGCAAAGGCUGAGGGAGCACCAUCUUGCCUUCAUGUCGGUGGGCAGCACAACAAACAACUCCUUUGUUGGCUGCUUGGAGGACCUGCGGAUAAACCUGCAGAGGAAGAGUCUGCAAGAUGCUGUGGUCACAAAGGACAUCACACCUGGCUGUGGAAAGCAGGAGCAGUACUGGGAAUAUGAUGAAGCAUAUGAACAGGAUGAGGCACCCACCUCCCCCCCUCCUGACAUCUGGCAGGGAGCACCCGGCCUGCUGGUGGAACCGUGCCGGCCAGACAACAGCUUCCCUCCUGCCUUCGCUAACGUCAGCAAACUGCUGCAUGUCAGCCCCCUCAUUGUCUCUGAAGGGGGCACAGCCUUCUUGGAGUGGAAACACGCCCAGCCAACAAUAGACCUGAACCUGGCAAACAUCCGGCAGUCCCAAAUCCUCUUUAGCAUCACCAGUGAUCCCAGGCAUGGUCAGCUAGAACUGGAUGCCCCUGGAUCCAGGAGCAGAAGGAAGUUUACUUUGUUGGACAUUGUGAAUCGGAAAGUCAGAUAUGUCCACGAUGGCUCCGAAGGACCCAUGGACCAGCUGAUGCUAGAGGUAACUGUGACUGCCCAGCAAGGGAUCCCUGAGUGUCUGCGGCAGGGACAGAUGUACCUGCUGCCCAUAAUGAUCAACCCCAUCAACGAUGCCCCUCAGGUGAUAUUUCCUCAUGGGGAUCACAUGACGAUCCUGAAGCACACACGGAAGCAUCUGACCACAGACGUCCUGCAGGCACUGGACGAUGACACAUCCUGUGAUGACCUUGAAUUUCAGCUGCAUGGCAGCCGACUGAUGGAGGAGGGCUACGUGGAGUACGACUUUCACCCUGGAGUGCCCAUUGAAGAGUUUUCCUGCAGGGACUUGGAAGCAGGCAACAUAGUCUACGUGCACCACAGCGGGACAAAUUUGCAGCUCACCUUCCAAGUGAGCGACGGGUCUGUCCCAAGCCCCACUGCCACCCUGAGGAUCCUCGCCAUAGAGCCUGACAUCCGCGUGCACAACAACACUGGCCUCUUCAUCUCCCAGGGAGGGGCUGCACGCAUUACCACAGCCAAUCUAUCAGUGGAGACAAACGCCGUGAAACAACGGGUCGCCAUCCUGUAUGGCCUCACAGAGCCUCUCAGGUAUGGUGAGGUCCAGAAACAAGGGAGCAUGGGAGGGGAAUGGAAAAAAGUCGAGUCCUUCCAUCAGCAAGACCUGGAGCAAGGACGCAUCCAAUAUUUCAGCACAGAUCCAGAGCAUCAGCUGGAAGAUGUCGUAGAGAAGCUGAGAUUCAAAGUCCAGGUUGGACAGAAGAUCUUGCAAAACAACACUUUCCUCAUCAGGAUCAAAAGAGCUACCAUCAAGAUGAGAACCAUGGUCCCUCUCCAGAUGAAGAACAAGCGGCACAAAAAUAUCACUAGUAAGGAACUGGAGGCAAUGCAGGAAGAUCCAAACUCUGCCCCAGUCUCUUUCCACUACGUGAUAAUCCAGGCUCCCAAAAAGGGAAACUUGGAGCUGCUUGGCAACAGGCUGACUGAAGGCUUUGGAUUUACCCAAGACGAUCUGCAAAGAAACCAUUUAAGCUACAGCGCAACCAUCAGGAACUCUAAGCAAGCUGAGGACACCUUCCAGUUUCGCGUCCGUGCUGGGGACCAGCACUCUCCUGUGUACACCUACACAAUCAGCAUAGGUGGGGACCCCGAUGCGCCGGCCCUGACCAAUGUCCUCCUGACCGUGCCAGAAGGGGGACAGGCCAUCAUCUCCAGGGACCACUUGUUUGUACAGAGCCUGAACAGCAUGGACUAUCUCUAUGAAGUAAUUGAAGGGCCAGCGCACGGGAGGCUGGCCUGGGCCGUGUCCCCAAGCUGGUCCUCCAGUGAGGAGAUCACAGAGUUCACCAACGAGGACAUCCUCCGGGGCAGGCUGCUGUACCAGCAUGACGACUCCGAGACCCUGGAGGACGAUAUCCCCUUUGUAGCCAUCAAGCAGAGCGAGGGCAGCACUGAGCCUGACGCAGAGGAGGUGAGAGGUGUUUUCAGAGUUUCCAUCCAACCCGUCAAUGACCACCCCCCUGUCCAGGUGGUGAGCAGGGUUUUCAACGUGGUGCGCAACGGAGAGCACCUCCUGACGACGGACGACAUCGCCUUCACUGAUAAGGACUCCGGCUUCUCAGACACGCAGUUGGUGCUGGCGAGGAAGGACAUUCUGUUUGGCAGCAUCGUAUCCGUUGAUGACAGAAGUCACCAGGUCUAUCGAUUCACACAGGACGAUCUGAGGAAGAAAAAGAUCCUAUUCGUCCAUUCAGGGGCUGACCGGGGCUGGAUUCAGCUACAGGUCUCAGACGGCCUCCACCAAACUACAGCCCUCCUGGAAGUUCAGGCUUCGGACCCCUAUAUCAAAAUAGUCAACAACACUGGCCUAGCCAUCCACCAAGGGAGCCGAGGGAGCAUUGACUCCUCUGUCCUCAGCCUGGAGACCAACAUGGACAUCAGGUCGGAUGAAGAGAUACGGUUCCUGGUAACUACCCCGCCACGGUGGGGGACUGUGCUGAGAGGGGAGCAGCCAGUCAUGGCUUUCUCCCAGAGGGAUCUGCUAGCAGGAGAGAUCACCUACCAGCACAACAGGAGCAGGAACACGCGGGAUGAGUUCCAGUUCACUGUGGAAGCGAACAAGGUGGCGGUGGAGGACACACUGGCUGUCACCGUGUUUUUGGACACCCAUCCCAGCCCCCUGCGCAUUGUGAACCUCAAGGAGAUACAUGUCUUCCAAGGGGAAGCAGCUGAGAUCAAGGAAGAGUACUUAUUGGUUACCCAUGAAGAGAUCCCUGCCCAGGACAUCAUCUACCUGGUGAGCACCCCGCCAGUCUCAGGCUUUCUGGUGAUGGUUCAGCACGGCCAAGACUCGAACGAGCCGUCCAGCUUGGAUCCCAUCCAGUCCUUCACCCAGGAGGACAUCAACAGCGGCAAAGUCCUCUACCUGCACUCCAAGCCAGAGGGGCAGCGCGACCGGUUUGUCGUGGACGUCACGGCCAGGGGGGCGGACCCACUGGAGGGGGUUGCGGUGAGCCUGGCCGUGCUCCCCGUCACAGUUCCCCUGGACGUCCGCAACCUCACGGUGCCGGGGGGCAGCUCCGCCACGCUCUCCACCGACAUCCUCAACGUCCCCAGCGCCUACUUUGCGGCCCUCGGCGUGGAGUUCAGGGUGCUGGAGCCCCCCAGGUUCGGCACCCUGCAGAACCGCGAGCGGCCCCAGGAGCGUGGGCUGCACGCCUUCACCUGGAGCGAGGUGGAUAGCGGGAUAAUUUUCUAUCAGCACGAGAUGCCACCGAAGCCGUUCUGGCUUGCCCAGGAUGCCAUUCGGUUCCGGGUUGUUGCUCCCACGACCAUCUCCGAUUCCUUCAUCCUCCUCGUGCUGAUAUCGUUCGAGGCGAGAUGUCCCCAACGCUCGACUCAGCUGUGGAGAAAUGCAGGCCUCCGGGUUGCAAAGGCUCGAAGGGCAGAGAUCGACACCUCCGUGCUGGAUGCCUCCAACCUCCUGAGCCAAGUCCCGGCCCCCGAAAGGGCCGUGCACGAUGUCGUGUUCCUAGUCACGGGGCUCCCCAGGCACGGGCAGCUCUCGGUGGCUGGCGUGCCCAUGGAGAGGACACGUCCCUUCUUCCUGCAGUCGGAUCUGGACGCGGGGCGCCUGGCGUACACCCACCACGGGGACGGCGCCUCCGAAGAUCACUUCCGAUUUAAGGCUUGGCUCCGGCCCCGGGCGGAGCAGUCUGUUCAGCCUCCUCAGGAAGGGGUGGUCAUUUCUGAAGCUUUCAAUAUAACGGUGACAAGCAGCAAUAAAAAGCCACCGCAGGUGGUGAAGCGGCGAGAAGUGCUGCAGGUCCUUGCGGGCUCCUGGGUGCCGCUGUCCCAGGAGUACCUGGAUGUAGCCGACCCGGAUAGUUCCCCAGAAGAGAUAGAGUACCGCAUCCUUCAGAGACCCCUCGCUGGCUACCUGGCCAGCACGCGCAGUCACCAGGUGCCUAUUGACCGCUUCACCCAAGCAGACAUCAACGCAGGCCACGUGGCGUUCGUUGCCGCCGGGAGCCAUUCCCCCGAGUCCUUAGUCCUGAGCCUCUCCGAUGGCCGUCACGCACCCACCCUGACCUCUCUGGAAAUCGUGGUGCUGCCUGUGGUGACAACCCCAGUGAGCCUGAUGCCGCUGGAAGUACCUCAGGGCCUGAACAAGGCCUCGGUGUCCCGGGAUCACCUCCUGGGCGCUGCCCAGCUCGGGGAACAGGAUGUUCUUUACAGGAUCACCAAGGACCCAAAGUUUGGCCAAGUGCAAGUCAACCAAAAGCCAGCGCAGGCGUUCUCACAGAAGCAGGUGGACCAAGGGGAAGUGACUUUUACUUUCACCAACUUCUCCUCUCCCGAGGACGAAUUCCACUUCCUCGCCACAUCCCAGACAGCGAACAGGCCUGGGGUGGUGAACGUGAUCGUCAAGGCCUGGGUCAAGGCACAGCCGGGGAGCCUGUGGCCCAGGGGUACCACAGCCCUGAUGGGCACCAGCAUCCUCGACGCGAGCGAACUGGCCAACCGGACUAAGGGAAUCCCAGUAUUUAAAAUCCGCAGGGCGCCCCUUAGCAGCCGUGUCGUGAGGGUCUCGAGAGACCCGGGGCAACGCGACCCCGCCCCCCACCCCCGGGGCACCGCGCGGAGCAGCCCCAAUACCAGCGAGCUGGGCGUCCCCCCCACCGCCUGGCACGGCCACGGCGCCACGCCCAGCCCCAGCCCCGUGGAGGGGGGCACGUUCCUCAGCUUCAUUGAGGCCAACAUGUUCAGCGUCAUCAUCCCCAUCUGCCUCAUCUUCCUCCUCCUGGCUCUCAUCUUGCCCCUCCUCUUCUACCUGCACAAGCGCAACAAGACAGGGAAGCACCACGUCCAGGGCGCCCCGGCCACCAACGCGAAGAAUGGCGCCGUGCUUGACCAGGAGACCUUCCGGAAGACGGACCCCAACCAAGGCAUCCCCCUAACGACUGUGAACACCCUGGAGGGCAAGGGAGCGGGCCCUCCGCCCCCGGGCACGGGGCCCGGCGCGCCGCAGGACCCCGAGCUUCUCCAGUACUGCCGGACUUCAAACCCCCCCUUGAAGAACAACCAGUACUGGGUCUGAAGGGCUAGGUGCGGAGGCGAGCGGCCGGGC